CAGUCUGGAGCCCAGGUCCACAGCGGCGGCAUGGCGGCAAGCAAGGUGGUAUUGCUGGCCUGUCUACAGAUAGCACAGACACUUGCCAUUAAGGUUGCUGACAAUACAAAAGGAUACAGCCGCAUAUUUGUUGCAAGCCCAGGUGUGAGGAAAUACACCUACGACAUUGCCCAUGACUCCACGGGGAGUGAAUACAGUGUGAACUUCAACCCAUCGGUAUCUGAGCUGCAUCCUCCUGACAACUUCCUGAACCAUAGUCCAGGGUUUCACCGGCCUCUGGUCAAGCACUCGCAGAGAGACGCUCCCGCGGAGUUUCACCAGUACGCUGUCAACCCCGACUACGACGAGCAGAUACAUCUGAAGGUGAAACCACUGUCUCCCCACGAGAUGGAGAAGAGCUCCAAGGACAUCCAGUCCGUUCACUCCGCUUACUCAAAAGGACUUGAGAGACCUCUGAAACCUAUGAAUUUCGAAGUUUUUGAUCUAGGGCUCAUGGGGUAUGGUGAUUUCAUGGACUCCCCCGACGCAGGUCCUUCCGCUUCCCCUCAACCUGCUCCAAUAGUGAACACCGCUCCCAGGCCAGAGUUCCCCCAACAACCCGAAAUUCCUGAUGAUAAUUCAAAACCAAUUAAAUUCCAGGCUCAAACUAAAGUUCCCUACUCUCCCCCUAAAAAGUUUACCUUUCCAAAGGCAGAAGAUCCCAAAGCGUUUGUUCCAAAAGUUCAAAAGCCAAAGCUUCAUUACGGGUUUAAGCCUUUGGAGGAACAGAGAGAGGAAUUCUCGAAGGAACUUUUCACACCUCAUUUCGACGACGGACACUUGAAAAAUCUUGGAGACAAAGCAUUUAGUAAAGUUUUCAUGGCCCAAGGCCACGCCAAGGCCGUGCCAAUGGUCUACUCCGAGAGAGACAGGCAGAUGGAUGUCCCUGACUUUUCAAAAGCUCUGUUUGUCCCUGUUUUCUUGUUACCUAACUCUGAGCAGGAUUUGAUGGGUUCUUCUCACACAAAGUUCUCAUCACCAUCAUUGUUUUCCGGUAAUACGAGAUAAUAAUCUAGUCAGGUAAUAAUACUCGUAUAUACACUUUCUUACUAUUUUUAAUAAUGUUAAGCUCAAUUUUCAUAAGUGAUUGGUAUUAUUAAAAAUAAUAAUGAAGAUAUAAAUAGGUACUGAUAAAAAAUAAGUAAAUCCUUCUGUUAUAUAUUAUUAUUUCUGGAAUGUAGGGUGCUGUUGUAGUUAUUAUAAAAACCUCUCACCCUUCUAAGCAAAAUAUUAUUAAGUUGUCCUGCUAGGUUUUGUGUCAGAUAGCCAGUCCAAUUAGAGUACCUAGUAUUGUUUAUCGUCCUAAAAUUAAUAUUUAAUUGUUUGUUGAAUGUUUUAUAUAAGGAAUUCAUUAUAGAUUCGUGAUAAUUCAUUGCUAUAUUAUUUCAUUCGGCAUAAUAAUACCGCCUUGUACAUGUAUGUUAAAACUUACUAUUAGUCCACAUACCAAAAUAUAAAUUUAAACUAAUCCUGCUUUUGUUACAUUGUAUACAUUUUUUACAGAUUCUUUCGUUUUUAAUAAUUAUUAUUUUUAUCUGGCUGAUUUAAACUACUCUUUAUUAUGCAAUUUCUUUAUAGCCAUGACAAUACAAUAUAGUCAUGAACAAUAAUGGUAUAUUUGUUAUGUGUUUAUAGCUAGACUUGUAAUUAAUUGUACUUUUUAUUAAUAAAAUAUGUUAUAGAAGA